CGCGACGUCGAGCGCUCCCCCUGAAAUCUCGUUGCGCUCGCGAAAGAGUCGAGCAAUUAAGUUCCCUUCGCCGCGAAAUCAGUACGCUUCGUGAAAACGCGCGGGAACGUUCUCCACCCUUUGAAGAUAACCGCCAGUGUUCUCAGAAAAUAAAAAAGGGGCACGAUUAUGUGACCAGGAUAGAAGCCGGGACGUGAUCGAGCACAUGUUCCGGGAUGCACGAGGUCCCGUAGGAAACGUGCAAAACGUACAAACCUAGGGGAUAGAUAUUUAGGAUAGAUGCGAAAAUAAGGAAGUGAAUAAAGGAAGAAACUGUCAAUUUCAGUGUCCUGAAAUGUCAUCGACUUCCCAUACGUCGUCGAGGUUGAUCAUCUCACCAUGAGGACCUCCUCUUGCAUAAACUACUACUUACUGUGCCUCGUCUGCUGGAUACUCUUGGGCAUAUCUGGAGUUUGCACGAGAUCACAUUCGCUUGUAAAAAGAAUGACAGGACUCUACACAGGUCCUUAUUUCGACACAAGUAGUCCAACAAAUAUAACAGCCCAAUUAGGCACUCGUGCCUUUCUACCUUGUAAAGUUCGUCAGCUCGGCAACAAAUCCGUUUCCUGGGUGAGAAAAAAGGAUUCCCAUAUCCUAUCAGUGGACAGAAGCAUGUUCAUCGCUGAUGACAGGUUUCAGUCGAUAUUCGUUGAAGCUUCGGACACAUGGACUCUUCAAAUUAAAUACGUGCAGGGAAAAGACGAAGGCGAAUAUGAAUGUCAAAUUUCAACAGAGCCAAAAAUGAGCCAUAUUAUCAAGUUGAAUGUAGUUGUGCCAAAGAUCGAAAUCGAAUCGAGGGAAAAGUCUAACGGUGACAUGUACGUGAAAACUGGAAGUACGGUGACCCUUCGAUGUGUAAUAAAACAGUCUCUCGAAGUACCUUUCUUCGUAUUUUGGUACCAUGAAGGCAAUCGGGUGCUGGAUUAUCAGACUGGAGGAAAACUGCAAAUUCUGGCGAAACGUGUCGAUGGAACGACCGACUUCAGCAGUGGUCUCGUAAUUCACAAUACGAGAAAAGAGGACUCAGGAAACUAUACAUGCAGUCCAAAUAAUCUGGAUAGUGCGAGUGUUAUACUCCACGUUCUUAAUGGAGAACACCCCGCAGCUAUUCAGCGAGGAAAGAGCUCAAUCCCAGGUUGCUGUGAAGUUCUCUGGUGGUUGGCAGGAGGAGUGACAUUAACUCAAAAUAACAGUCAUCGUCUGUUAAUUUUCGUCCUUACGACCAUGAUGGUCGUUCUUACCCAAAGUUUUUUAUCCAACCCUGCAAGUUUAGUGCCGCGAUAAUCAAGAAGCUUUCACAAAUAGAACAAUAAUCGAUCGGUAAUCAAGCAGUAUAUCGACUAAGUUUUUCAAUCUCGGUGUGUCUGGGGAAUAAAUACGUGUCAUCUGCCUAGAAAAUUCCCGAAGGACCUUACAUUAAUUUUUUUUAAAUAUUAAUAAAAAGGUCCUAUUUCACGGACUGCGGUAUUCAUGAGACUGGAAGCCACGUUCUUGAAUGUAUCGUGCAACGAAGGACAAAACGCCCAAGAAGCUUUGGCAAUAAUAAUUAAUGGUAAAAAGACUUAUGAGGAAUGUCCAAGGAAUAAGAUUACACAAAAGUGCGAAAAGACAAAACGAUAAAUGAGGAAAGAAAUAAGAAAUUACAAAGUUAUAAGAAAGUGGUUAAUAUUAAGGGUACCCCAUUUCUGAGCAAAAAAGCGUUUUGUAUCAAUCUUAUUAUUUUGUACAAAUAUAUUGUGUCCUUGUUGAUUAAACAGGGAUCGAGAUGUUGAACAAUUCAUUUUUUAAAGUCAAGUAUCAUACAGUAAUUUUAAUUCUUUAAUUUUAAUACAGUAAUUUUAAU